AUGAAGUUCACCCUGAUCUCCUCGGCCCUCUUCCUGGCCACCGCUGCCAUGGCCAACCCCGACCCCAUGGACAUCAACUCGAUCGUCUCCGAUGCCGAGGGCGCCGCCUCGACCGCCGGCGCCGACGGCAAGUCCAUUGCCUCCGAUGCCCGCGACCAGGCCACCUCUAUUGUCCAGGCCGCCAGCACCGGCGGUGCCAGCGCCAUCUCGUCGCUGACCAGCGACGCCGCGUCCAUGGCCACCUCACUGAGCUCCGAAGCCGCCAGCAAGGCCACCGAGGGUGCCAGCAAGGCGAGCGAGGGUGCCAGCAAGGCCAGCGACAAGGCCAGCGACGCUGCCCAGAAGACCUCGACCUUUGUCUCGCAGGUCACCACCACGGGCUCCAACGGCCAGCCCACCACUGCGCCCACGACCAUUACCUCGGCUGCCGGUGCCUCGGGCUCGGGCUCGGGCUCUUCGACUAACGGUGCUUUUGCUCGUCCCACUGCUGUGGGCGGCAUUGCGGCCGGUAUGGCUGGUGUCCUGGGUGUCAUGGCUGCCCUGUAA